CGCCUAACGUGGUUAGCUCAUCCCGUGUAUUUGUUGACAAAUGAUUGUAAUGCUGGAAAUGCCCCAAAACGGUAGCUGGGAAAGGCACAACAAUUAAUUGAAAGAACUGUUUUAUAUUUUGUAUGUAUGGGUACCUCAUAUUUUGAAUAUCUCGUCCUUUGUAUUUACUAAUUCAAAAUAGCUUGGAACUGGCGUAUAGUGCGACCUUCACAAAUAUAGAGCUAGCUAGCUCAGCGAUUAAAAAGUCAUCAUGACUGGAUCCUCAGGGUCAGGAUUUACUGGCAUCAUGAAAUUACGAAUUCUGGAGGCAAUGGGCUUGGAAGAAACGAAUGUUAGAUCACAAGUUGUUACUACCUUAAAUGUUUCUUCCAUAGACCCUUAUUUGCAAGUUAAUAUUGAUGAAGAAAAUAUAGCAAAAACUUCAAAAAAAAUAAAUACUUUUUCUCCUGCUUGGGAGGAGGAUUUCAAAUCAGACUUACACCAGGCAAAAAUGUUAAGCUUAACGAUAUUUCAUAGUUCAAAAGUUGGAGAAGAUUCUUUUGUAGCAAAUAGUACUGUACCUUUAGAAGAAAUCAUUGAAGAAGGACAACAAGAUUUAUGGAUACAACUUGAACCAGCUGGAAAAUUACAUGUCUUUAUAGAUUUAAAUGCUGGCCAAGUUAAAAAUGAGCCUGUUAAAGUCUUUCGUGAGAGAGAAAGUUCGUAUUUACGAAAGCGAGGUAGACGAAAUGCUGUCAGGAGGCGUGUACAUCAAAUUAGUGGACAUAAAUUUAUGGCAACAUAUCUUCGUCAGUUUACUUUUUGCUCACAUUGCAAUGAAUUUAUAUGGGGACUAUUUAAUAAACAAGGUUAUCAAUGUCAAGUUUGUGGUAGUGUUACGCACAAAAAGUGUCAUCAUCUAGUUGUGUCUAAAUGUCCUGGUGUAAAAGUUGCACAAGAGAACAAAACCAUGGAGCAAAGAUUUAAUAUAAACAUCCCACAUAGAUUUCGUACACAUAACUACAAGCGACCUACCUUUUGUGAGCAUUGUGGUUCACUGUUAUAUGGUAUAAUAAAACAAGGAAUGCAAUGCGAGGUUUGUAAAAGAAAUGUGCAUAGAAGAUGUCAAGCUAAUGUUGCGAAUGAUUGUGGCACUGAUAAAAAAAAACUAGCAGAACUACUUGACAGCAGUAUGAAUAAAACUGUUGAUGAUUUGAUCAAACCAUCCAUCUCAAUGAAAAAAAUUGUGGAUCGAGACAGUAUUAAAAGCAAUGGUUCCAUUUCAUCACCAACAUCAUCAAAGCAAAAACAGAAGCUGGAUAACAGGACCAUCGAUACAAACCAAUCUAUAUCAGAAUUAGACAUUUCUCCUGGCCUCAAACGAAGGCAACUGUACAUAGACACGAAAUAUACUAAAGAAUCCUUUUCUUACUUAAAAGUUAUUGGCAAGGGAAGUUUUGGAAAGGUCAUGUUAGCCGAGCGGAAAGGUUCGAAUGAAUUAUUUGCUAUAAAAAUUUUGAAGAAGAUUAAUAUUAUACAAGACGAUGAUGUGGAGUGUGUACUGACUGAAAAACGUGUACUAACCAUCGCUGGACAACAUCCCUACUUAACUUCUUUACAUUCCUGCUUUCAGACGGAGGACCGUCUGUUUUUUGUGAUGGAAUAUGUAAAUGGCGGAGAUUUGAUGUUUCAAAUACAAAGAGCACGAAAAUUUGAUGAGAACAGAUCUCGAUUUUAUGCUGCUGAAAUCACUCUAGCUUUGCAAUUCCUCCACGGUCAAGGCGUUAUAUAUCGCGAUUUAAAACUUGACAACGUCCUAUUGGAUAGUGGUGGACAUGUUAAGCUGGCUGAUUUUGGUAUGUGUAAAGAUAAUAUGAUUAAUAAUGGCGUCACAACGACAUUCUGUGGCACGCCAGAUUACAUCGCACCUGAAAUAGUUAAAGAAAUCCCUUACUCAACAUCAGUAGAUUGGUGGGCCCUGGGUGUACUUAUGUAUGAAAUGAUGGCCGGUCAGCCUCCAUUCGAAGCUGAUAAUGAGGAAGAGUUAUUCGAGACCAUUUUACACGAUGAAAUAUUGUAUCCAGUUUGGUUAACUCGAGAAGCUAUAUCUAUCUUAAAAGGACUGUUAACAAAAAAUUACGAGAAGAGAUUGGGUUGCGUACCAGGAAUAGGGGAAGUGGCAAUUAAUAAGCACCCUUUCUUUGCUUCGAUUGACUGGAGGAAACUUGAAAACAGACAUGUGCCACCACCUUUUCAACCUAGAAUUAAAUCGCGUACCGAUGUCGCGAAUUUUGACACAGAUUUCACUCGAGAAAACCCAUGUUUCACUCCAACAGACCAAGAAGUGAUCACCAGUAUCAAUCAGGACGAGUUCUCUGGAUUCUCCUACGUCAAUCCUACAUUUGUAUAACUAUCCAAGUCCUUUUAUGUCCCGUGCUGAAGUUUCGACAUCGUUAACAUUACGUACGUCGAUCUUUUACCCACGCCGUGAUACCAAUCUUCGCUGCAAAUAAAAGUUGACUUUAUAAAAAGAAAUGGGAUGCAAGUGAAGAAAAAUAAUUUUGUAGCAAAACACUACGCAAUGAUAUCCAAGCAUCUGAAUAUUCACCUAUUGCCUAAUAUCUCUCCUUCAAGCCUUUUUGUGAGUUGCUGUAAUUGGUACUAAAUCAUACUUGUUCUAUCUGGAAAUACUUAAAAUAAAACCAAGCAUAAGUUACUGCGUAAUACGUCAAAUUGAGAAAUUUAUGGUUCGCUAGUAUUUGUAACUCAUGAAGUCUGUGAUACAUUGCUUUUAUCACAAAUUUACUUCAAAAUGCAAGAAUAUUUAAUUGUUAUUCAACAAGAAUAAAGUGAAUUAACUAGCCAAUAAUUUAGUUUCGUAAAAUUGUAUAAGCUCUUUAUUUCAAAUGAAUCACUGCAUGGUACCAUCAUUUUGCUUAAUAAAAACUCUGCUCUUAAAAAUAUAGGAAAAAUGAUUAAGUCAUGAAUUCAAGGCGACACUUUCUUUUAGCAUGUAUAUAUUGUAAAGUUUUAAAUGAAAUUAUCUGUUGAUGUGCCGUGUUCUGCAUUGUUUCGAUGGUUUAGUAUUAUCAAAAUUCGAACGGCUUUAUUCCAUCGCCCAAUCCUCGCCUAACGCCUACCGGUUUUUAAGAAGGAUUUUGUAAAUACUCAGGGUUAUCGAAGCGGUGUAUGUUAAACGUAUGAAUGCUAACCCCACCCCCCCCCCCUGUUCUUUUUUUCUUUUGUAUGAGAAAAUAUUUGACUAGAACGGUCUUAUGAAAAUAAAUUGCUUACUUACUUUACUUUAGGUUGCUAUGAUAGGUAAAUUUAAUUUUUUUGUCGACUAAGCAAAUCAAAUUUUCCCAUUGUUAUCAACCAUUGCAAUAUUUCUACACCACGAUGUAACUUUUUUAUUGUCGUAUUACACAGACUCUUCCGUUAUGUUAUUUUUUAUCUAUGAAAUAUAAUUUUUUGUCCCUUUUAUUUUUAUAAAUAAAUUGAAUUUAAAAUCUUCGGCGCCGUACAUUUAUCAGUUUAUUAUUUAUCAGUUUGGAAUAAAUACCGCAAAUGGAUUUUUGAAUUUAUUUUAUUUGUUAAGUAUAAAAAUGUAUAAACAAAAAGUACUUUGAGCAAGUUUUUGGGAAAUUUUUAAACCUCAUGGCUUGCUUAAAGUGGUUAUUCAAUCUUGUGAAUCUACUAUAAAAAACACACGAAUAAAAUAUGUUGUUAA